GUCAGCCUGACAGCCAACCCCAUCCUCAUCCUCAGCAUCUUCAUCUCCAUCAGGGAGGAUGAUGGAGGACGGAAAGGAGGAUUCUCUGGCGACCGACGACGAGUCGGACCAGACGACCGCGGACAACACGAUGGUGGAGGACGGCUCCACGCUGCUGCGCAGGAUGGAGAUCUGCGUGGCGGAGGCGGAGAAGAGGAGCGGGAAGAACGCGGUGGGCAUGCAGGAGACCUUCACCGUCUACCUGAUCGAGACCAGGCCGAUGGACGCCGUGACCGAAGGUCACAACCCGGCGCCGGACUCCCUGUGGAGGAGGUACAGCGAGUUCGAGCUGCUGAGGAACUACCUGGUGGUGACGUACCCGUUCGCCGUGGUUCCCCCGCUGCCCGAGAAGAGGGCGGAGUUCGUGUGGCACAAGCUGUCUGCAGACAACAUGGACCCCGACUUCGUGGAGCGCCGCAGGGUGGGGCUGGAGAACUUCCUGCUGCGCGUGGCGUCCCACUCCGUCCUCUCCAACGACAAGAUCCUGCAGCACUUCCUGACGGAGGAGCACGGCUGGAAGGAGGCGGUGUUCGACACCGGAUUCCAGGCCAAGGCAGAUUCCAGACUCAGAGCUCUGAGCGCCACCUUCAGAGUGAGAAACCCGGACAAACGAUUCAUGGAGAUGAAACACUACAGCGAUGAACUCCAGGCUCACACGUCCCAGCUGCUGAGGACACGAGCUAGGGUGGCAGACCGACUCUACGGUGUCUAUAAGGUUCACGGGAACUAUGGAAGAGUCUUCAGCGAGUGGAGCGCCAUUGAGAAGGAGAUGGGAGACGGUCUGCAGAGCGCCGGACACCACAUGGACGCGUACGCUGCCUCCAUAGACGACAUCCUGGAGGAGGAGGAGCACUACGCCGACCAGCUGAAGGAGUACCUCUUCUAUGCCGAGGCUCUCAGGGCGGUGUGCAGGAAGCACGAGCUGACCCAGUUCGAGCUGGAGGUGGCCUCCCAGGACCUGGUCUCCAAGAAGCAGCAACGUGAGGAGCUGGCCACAGGGAUAGUGCGGACCUUCUCCUUUAAAGGGAUGACCAGCAAGCUGUUCGGCCAGGAGGCCCCGGAGCAGAGGGAGGCCCGGCUCCGGCUGCUGGAGGAGCUGAUCGCCGAGGGCGAGGACGCCGUCCGGGACAAGACCGCCGAGGUCCAGGAGCAUGUGGAGAAGGCCUGGGUGGACAUGCAGCGCUUCAAGGAGCAGAAGGACAAAGACCUGCGGGAGGCGCUGGUCAGCUACGCUCUGAUGCAGAUCAGCAUGUGCAAGAAGGGAAUGCAGGUGUGGAGCAACGCCAAGGAGUGUUUCCUCAAGAUGUGAGGCGUCACUUUUCUCCGCCAAACACUGCUCUCGCACCAACUGUAAUUUAAACCUCAGUAAUGUUAAUUUAUUUGUAAAUGACUGCGUUGUUUUUAAUGUUAUUUAACUCUAAACAUUUUCUAUUUAAAUAAACUAAUUUGUCGUUUUAAAGCUUCGCCCAGUCUCAUUUGGAAUAACUGUUUUUUGUUCA